GGUGUAACCCUGCCACAAUGUUCAACAUUGUCAAAAUAUUGUAGCCGGGCAGGGAAAAGCUUUUCUUCUAAAUCUUCAGUGCGUUUUGAGUGGUUGAAAAUAAUAUGCCUGCUGUUGGGGUGAUCACAUAUGAUGUUACUCCAUUGCAAGGAGCACUGGCGAACGCCUUUCUGAUUCUUAUCAAUGCUUUGUUUUUUCAUGUAAAAUUUAUCGGACAUGUAAAUCAGUAUCCAGAGGAUAGCUCUGAAAAGCUGUUACGUGAGGACGAAAAUGUGUUUGAUUUUAUCAUAGUAGGGGCAGGAGCUGCUGGUUGUGCUUUGGCCAACCGCCUUUCCGAACAAGACCAAUGGAGUGUUCUUCUGAUUGAAGCAGGAGAUUACCCACAACCAUCCACGGGAGUGCCUGGUCUAUUUCCAACUUUUUUGGACUCUAGUACUGAUACAUGGCAAUACACAAUUGCUAAAAAUAAGCAAUAUUGUCAAGCCUACAAAAAUAAGCAAUGCCACAUAUUAAGGGGCAAGCUGGUUGGUGGAACUAGCGCCAUCAAUAAUAUGCAUUAUAUUAGAGGUUUGGAUGAUGGAAACAAGACUCAAAUGAUCUAUGAAUGUAUAGAAAAUCAUGUUGAACUAGAUAAAUUUAAUAAUCUUGACCUAAUGUGCAAACGCGAAAUUUAUUUGGAACAAGUAUUUCAGAAAAGUAUAGUGCGAAAAUCCAUGCAAGACGCCUACCACAGUAUCGGGUUCAGCAAUAAUAGCCAAAAAAGUUCUAUUGGAUAUGGGAACAGCUAUUUGACGAUCAGAGAUGGUGAAAGGUAUCACAUGGGAAGAGCAUUUUUGACACCUAUAAAGGGCAGAUCAAAUUUUUUCCUGGCAAAAAACACCCUAGUAGAAGGCAUUGUUCUGAAUGAUCCCCUUGACAAACGAGCUAAGGGUGUUAAUGUUACAAUUAAGAACAUUCGAUUAUUUCUACAGGCUAGAAAAGAGCUUAUUUUAACGGCUGGCCCAAUAAACAAUGCCAAAUUAUUGCUGUUGAGUGGCAUAGGACCGAAAGAGUACUUGCUAAAGAGGGACAUUCCUGUAAUGCUGAAUAUGCCAGGAGUAGGCGAAAAUCUGAACUUUCACCUUGCAGUUCCGUUGUUUUUCGGGCUUAAUGCCACUCAAUUAUAUGAAGAUUACACCGAAACUGAUUUGGUUCAAGAUACAUUCGACUAUGUAGUAUAUAGAAGUGGAAAUUUUUCCAAUGUUGGCAUCCAUGACUUUGUAACAUUCAUGUCUACAGAUGCAUACCCAAAUGUGCCCAACAUUGCGGUAUAUCAUUACUACUUUAAAGUAGGAGACAGGAUGAUCAAAACAUGGCUGGAAGGGCUUCAAUUGAAUCAAAAAAUCGUCACUAACAUCUUGAAAGCAAAUGAGCAACAGACUAUAUUAAUGUUCUUGGUGACACUACUUCGAACCAAAUCUGUAGGCCAAAUACAAUUGAAUGAUACCCAUUUUCAUGGUAUUCCUAAUAUAGUCGGCAAUUUCUUCACCGAUCCAGAUGGUGAAGAUUUUAUUGCUUUAACAUCGGCAAUAAGCAGAGUAGCCAAUCUUCAGGAUACUCCUCCUUUUGAAACUAUCGGAGCACAACUGUUAGACAUACGGGUUCCAAAUUGCCGAAAUUACAAGUUUUGUUCUGUACACUACGUAAAAUGCUAUGUGCAGAAUAUGGCUUUUCCUACUUCGGAUAUAUCUGGAUCCUUAAAAAGGGGACCUGAAUGUGAUACUAGUGCAGUAGUAAAACCGGAUUAUGAGGUGAGGUAUAUUCGAUGUCUGAGAGUUUGUGAUUCGAGCAUUUUGCCUAAUCCUGGAUUGGGCAACACGGUUGCAUCUGAUGCAAUGAUGGCAAUAGAUCUGAGCGAAAUCUUGAAGAAGAAAUGGAUCAAAGAUUACAUGUCACCUUUCGAUUAACAAGAAAUUUUCAAUGCAUUUUGAAAAAUUGAACAUUGAGCUGAUGUUUGGAGACUGGGGAGAAGGUCAGAGGAACGUCCAUUGUAAUACAAUUGUUCUUUUAUUAAACUGACAAAGCUUGA